AUGAAGAUCAACUACGCUCCCUCCACCGCCUUGGCGGCACUCAUCCCCUACCUCGUCAACCCGGCCGAGGCCUCCAAGGAUGAGACCACCUUUGCCGUCCUCCGGUUCACCAACAAGGCCCUGACGAGAGGACGCAUGGACCCCAUCGUCUCCCCCGGCGUGGCCUCGCAGCACGUCCACAACAUCAUGGGCGGCAGCGGCUUCAGCUCCAACGCCACGGCCGAGGACCUGGACAGCUCCAGGUGCAGCAACGCCAUGGUCAGGGGCGACAACAGCGCCUACUGGUUCCCGUCCCUGUACUUCCACGACGGCGACGCCGGGACCUUUGAGAGCGUCGAGGUCGACUACGUCAACGUCUACUACUUCUUCGAGCAGUCCGACGACGACAUCACCGCCUUCCCCAAGGGGCUCCGCAUGGUGGCCGGCGACCCCAACACGCGCACCGCCCCCGGCAGCUCGGCCACCAACCUGAACCCCGACAGCGGCGACAUCGUCAACGUCAAGUGGACCUGCCCCCGCCUGAACGGCAACUACGACCCGCCUUCCUGGCCCGCGGACUCGGACGGCACCACGGCCGGCAUCGGCGACCCCGUCAACAAGGGCGAGGGCGUGGGCUUCCCCGACGUCAACUGCGACGGGCUGUACUCCCCGCUCCGCGCGGACGUCCACUUCCCCUCCUGCUACGACCCGUCCGCCGGCCUGGCCGCCUACGAGACCAACAUGGGCUGGCCCACCACCGACCCCUCCACCGGCAAGGUCAACUGCCCGGACGGCUGGGUCCACACCCCCCACCUCUUCUUCGAGGUCUACUGGAGCACGGCCGACUUCGCCGACCGCUGGACCCCCGGCCAGGGCACCCAGCCCUUCGUCCUGUCCAACGGCGACGCCACCGGCUUCAGCUCCCACGCCGACUUCUUCGCCGCCUGGGACGAGGACCUCCUCCAGCACAUCAUCGACACCUGCGACGCCGGCACCUCGGGCAUGGACACGUGCCCCGGCCUCGACGGCCUCAACACCGAGAGCUGCACCGUCGAGUCCGACGUCGACGAGCAGGUCGACGGCACCCUCAGCCGUCUCCCCGGUGGCAUGAAGAUCUCCGGCUGGUCCUACGGUGCCUCGGACCUGCCUUCCUCUUCUCCUGCCGCUUCUGCCGCUGCCUCUUCUGCUGCUGCCGCCGUCUCGUCCCCCGCAGAGCCCGACGCCGUCCUCGCCGCCGCUUCCUCCUCCUCCUCCACCGCCGCUGCCGUCAUCAACGCCGCCCAGGAGCAAGGGUCUUCCCCCACGGAGGAGGCGUCCACCAGGAAGCUUGCCACCACCACCGUCAAGGUGUCCAUCACCUCCGAGGCUGCCGCUGCCGCGACUGCCGCCGUUCCCGUCGUGGACAGCGACUCCCCCCCCGCCGACGUCGUCGUCGAGACGGUCUGGGUCACGGAGACCGUCACCACCGAAGUCUACGCUGUGGCUACAGACGUCCCCGAGAGGAGGAGCGCCAAGUUCCGUCGGGGUCACUUCCACCGUCACCACCAUGGGAGUCACUAG